AUGAACCCCCUGCUGACCAGUUUGGUUCCGUGGGACGCCUGCUUUGAGGAAGUGAUGUGGGAGGUGAGCACUCACGGAUACUCUCAGAACCAAAUCCUUGUCUGGAAGUACCCAUCCUUGACUCAAGUAGCAAAGCUGACUGGGCACUCAUACAGAGUUCUUUACCUGGCAAUGUCACCUGAUGGAGAGGCCAUUGUAACAGGUGCUGGGGACGAGACGUUGAGGUUUUGGAAUGUCUUCAGCAAAACCCGCUCUACCAAGGAGUCCGUUUCAGUUCUUAACCUCUUCACCCGGAUACGGUAAAGCCCACCGAGAGACUCUGUUGGGGGGCGGGAGGGGAGAAAACCACUAACAAGAUGUGCAUGGAGCCUACGGUCAUCGUCUGGGGGAGGGAAGGGGGGGGGGAGAAGUACGCUAUGUCAAUCUGUUCAGAAGGUAUCGGAGAUGCUUAUUAAACACCUGAAUAUGAAUGUUAGCAGACGUUGUUUGGGGGCAGCAGGACAGGAAGCAGCCAAACUUUUUCAGUUUUGUUCCAGUGAACGUUGCAAAGUGUAAACCUUGUCCUGUUCUCCCAUCUACACAAGCAGCAGGGAGCCCCUGGCUUCCAACAGAGAAAAGUGUUACUAUUAUGUAUUUUGAGUGUGUCUGCGCACUCGGCUGUCAAGUGAGUGUGUGGGUGGGUGCGUGUGCGUGCGUGCGUGCGUUUUAAAGAAACCAAGAUUCAACAUGUUUACUUGUCCUGAUUGAGGAGGAUGUAAUUAUUUUUGCUUUCGAGGGGUGCCAAACAAGAAAAAACCAGGGUUUAACUUGAAAAAAAGAAAUUUAGGAAAGUAGUGAGUGGCUGAGAGAGUGGGGGAGGGGUAGGCAAAAGGGGCAUUUCUUUGGCGCUGCACCGGUGAGUCACAGGUGGAGAAAUCUAGUUCACUGUUGAGCUGGUGACUGGCAGAUUGAUAGUGCUGAAAGCGGAGGAGAGAACUCCUUUUCCAGCCCUCUGUGCACAGGGAGGGAACAAUACUGGGGUUACUUGUCUGGAAGAGACCAACGCUCUGCCUUUUCAUUCUUUUCAUCCUAAGCAUGUUUCGGGGGAGAGCAGGGAGAAUCCUGCAGACUGUUCAAGUUACUUAUUUCCAAGUAACGACACAUCAGAUCAUGGCCCACAAAGCACGAGAUAUUGUCAGGCGUUCGGUCUUGCUUGACGAUUGGAGGGGGGAAAGGGGGGAGUUAGAUUUUUGGAAGGGGGAGGGUCACCUAAGAUGGGCAUAGGUUUGGUUGGGGUUGUUUUUUCUCAGAGAAAGGGGAAAGAAAUAGCUCCCUUCUAUUGUUUCAGGCACGAACAGCAAUUGCCAUUUGGGGGUUGCGGUCUCUUUCAUGCUGGUCCAAAGUUUGUUUUUCUUGGAAGUUAGCGAACUCUCCGUUUAAUGGAGCACAUGUGUAAGAGAGAGAAAAGCACUUUGUGUUCUUACAUGCUGCUUUGAAUCCAGACCUCUUCCAGCAGCUCAGGAGUUUGUGCCAAUUAUACCCCCAGCUGUCUUUUUGUGGGGGUUGCUCUCUUCCUGCCUCUUGUUGUGUGAUUGGGGAGGCAAAUGUUCCUUUUGUGUGCAGGGUGUGUCUGUGUGUGUGCGUGCAGAAAACUGACAAUGGUCCUAUUUGAUGUGACACGCAGCAGCGUGUCUUCCUCAUGUUGUCAGACUGUGUGAAGGGUGCAGCGAGCGUGUGUGCAUUUCUGUUCGGCGGCAGACGAAAGCCAAACCGUGUCCAGCUCUCCCACAUACGCAAAACAAAGGGAGUGCCGUCCCAGAACUCUUUUUCCCCCAGCUCAGACUGGGUUUGCUCACCAUUUGUCAGGGGAGGUGUGGGAAAGGGAGCAAACCACUCAGCGACACCUCCGGAACGGACGCACCCUGACGAAAGAGACCGCGCAGCACUUACAAGGGGCACCCUGACGAACUGUGUGUAAAACCAACAUCCUGUCGAAACGCCCUCUCUCCUGUUGACUGGAAGGUGAAGAACGCAUCUCUGGACUUCCGUGUCCCUGGAAGUGGGACCGCUUCGGAUGUCUGCUUCCUGCUAUCUGCUGGGCAGUUGCUGCAGGCCAGGGAGAUCCGAGGAAAGAAAAUAUCAACGCUACUGCUGUUUGUCUCAGAAUUCUCUUGGGUGUCAGAAAAAGUGAUAUUUGUGUUUAAAAAAGAAGUGUGUGUGGGAACUGGGGGAUCACAUUGUAAACUCGUAUUACAGUACAUGGUUCUUCCUUUCUGGCCAGAAUUUGGGGAGGGGGGAGGGCGAGGUUCUGAUGGCAUUUCCCCCCUCUUUUGGUGUUUGUUAUGAAUGUGAUCUGUCGAAAGGAGAAACGGGAACCCUCUUGUCACUCGAAAUAUCAAGUUUAAUCUAUCUGGCAUUAAAGGGAAUUGCUGACA